GAAUUCCUGCAGUCACGAAAGCUUUGAAUCGAAAUGGCACCUGUUUACGAGGAGCUUUCCUGUUGGCAUGGCAUGUGGUUGUAGCAAUCGCCUGUGGUGUGGGGGGGGGUUUGACUCUCAAUCGGAUGGUUGUGGUUUAAUUCCCAGUCACUGUCUGGUUCAGCACAUAAACUGUCUGCAGCACGCAGUCAAUGUGUAUACGUAUGUUGAACUUCUUUCGAACAAUAAAAUGCCAACCGUGCUCAUCACAGGUCUGAUAAAAUGACUUCUACUUUUCUGGAUGUCAGCAGUGGUUAUCAAAUUGGGAGGCUUUCCCCUGCAUUAGGAAUGUGGCAUUUCCACCACUGGUUCAGAACAUGCGAUUAACACUGCACCAUUGGCUCAUCCAUUCCGCAAAGCGAUUUGACCUCUCUUUCUUUUUCAAAAACCGGCAUGUUCUAAAUGUAUGGCGAUGUUUGAUUUGCAGGUUCCAUUGUGUAGACGGAGUUCCUCUUAACCAGAUCACGGUUCGCAGUACAAUUGCACUGAACUGGAGCCUGCCCCGUCAAUCCUGCAGUCAGGAUGUGUGUGUGUGUGUGUACCAUUCAAGGAAACGCGUGCAAAGAGAGAGUAAAAACACACAAGCUCCACCACUUGCUAAAGUGUGGGGCAUUUUGUAUUUGGCAGGAAGCGGAUGUUGUGAGCUGUGACCUUAUGAGCACGUGGCCUUGAAGAAAACCUCAGCACAGGAGGAAUCGUACAGGUUUUGACAGAGCGGGGGCACAGGCGUUAAAGAAGACUCGCCAAGAUGGUGGCCCUUUCGCUCAAGAUCUGCGUGCGGCACUGCAACGUGGUGAAGACCAUGCAGUUCGAGCCGUCCACUGUGGUGUGGGACGCCUGCCGCAUCAUCCGCGAGCGGGUUCCCGAGGCGCAGUCCGGCGAAGUGAUGGACUUUGGGUUGUUCUUGGCGGACGAGGACCCCAAGAAGGGCAUCUGGCUGGAGGGAGAGCGUAAUCUGGAUUACUACAUGCUGCGGGAUGGGGACCUGCUCGAGUACAAGCGCAAGGUGCGCCCUCUCAAGGUGCGCAUGCUUGAUGGCAUGAUCAAGACUGUGAUGGUCGACGACUCCAAGACGGUCGGGGAUCUGCUCAUCACCAUCUGCACGCGCAUCGGCAUCACAAACUAUGACGAGUACUCGUUGAUUUGGGAGGGUGGUGGCGAGGAGAGGAAGGAGGAUGGCCCCACGUCGCCGCGCACCGGCACGCUCAAGGGUGGCACGCCGCGCACCGGCACGCUCAAGGGUGGCACGCUGCGCUCGGGCACGCUCAAGAAAGACCGCACGCUGCUGCGCGACGAGAAGAAGAUGGAGAAGCUCAAGCAGAAGCUGCACACGGACGACGAACUGAACUGGGUGGACCACGGGCGCACGCUACGCGAGCAGGGUGUGGAGGAGAAUGAGACGCUACUGCUGAGACGCAAGUUUUUCUACUCGGACCAGAAUGUGGAUUCACGUGAUCCUGUUCAGCUCAAUCUGCUCUACGUGCAGGCUCGAGAUGACAUCCUCAACAGCUCGCACCCCGUCUCAUACGACAAGGCGUGCGAGUUCGCCGGCAUUCAGGCGCAGAUUCAGUUUGGGCCGCACGUGGAACACAAGCACAAGGCUGGCUUCCUGGAUUUAAAGGAGUUUUUGCCCAAGGAGUAUGUCAAACAGAAAGGAUCAGAAAAGAAGAUUUUUCAGGCUCACAAGGAGUGCGGCGAGUUCAAUGAGAUCACGGCCAAGUCCAAGUACGUGAAGUUGGCUCGCUCGCUGCGUACCUACGGAGUGUCCUUCUUCCUCGUGAAGGAAAAGAUGAAGAGCAAGAACAAGCUGGUGCCUCGCCUACUGGGCGUCACCAAGGAGUCGGUGCUGCGUGUGGACGAGCGCACCAAGGAGGUGAUGCAGGAGUGGCCGCUUACCACCGUCAAGCGCUGGGCCGCCUCCCCCAAGAGCUUCACUCUCGACUUUGGCGACUACCAAGUGGGAUACUACUCAGUGCAGACGACAGAAGGCGAGCAAAUUUCCCAGCUCAUUGCUGGAUACAUUGACAUCAUCCUCAAAAAGAAACAAGCAAAGGACAGGUUUGGGCUGGAGGGCGAUGAGGAAUCUACGAUGCUCGAAGAAUCCGUCUCGCCCAAAAAGUCCACCAUCCUGCAGCAGCAGUACAACCGCGUGGGCAAGGUGGAGCAUGCCUCCGUGGCGCUGCCGGCCAUCAUGAGGCCGGGCGCGGGUGGGCCGGACACCGUCAACUGGGGCAUGAUGCCUGUGGCCCAGCAGCAGGUCACCAGCGGACAGAUGCACAAGGGCCACAUGCCCCCGCUGUCUUCAGCGCAGCAGGCUCUUGUGGGCACCAUAACGUCCAGCAUGCAGGCCGUGCAGCAGGCACACGGGGACCUGGGAGACAUGGAUUCCCUGCCGCCCCUUGGCGACGACGCUGAAUCCCAGUCGUGGCGUCGGAACAAGAUGGACGAGUCCAAGCAUGAAAUCCACUCGCAGGUGGACGCCAUCACCGCUCACACGGCUUCCGUCGUCAACCUCACCGCAGGAGACCCCGCAGACACGGACUACACGGCCGUGGGCUGUGCCGUUACCACCAUCUCGUCCAACCUGACGGAGAUGUCGAAGGGCGUGCGUCUGCUCGCUGCACUACUCGACGAUGAGGGGGCCAACGGGCAGGACCUGAUGCAGGCAGCACGAGGCCUGGCGUCCGCUGUGUCCGACCUGCUCAAGACGGUUGACCCCAGCACGGCCGAGCCCCGGCAGAGCGUUUUGACUGCAGCCGGGAACGUCGGGCAGGCAAGCGGGGAGUUGCUGAGGACAAUCGGAGAGGACGAAGCCGACCAAAGCUUCCAGGACAUGCUGAUGCAGCUCGCCAAAGCCGUGGCCAAUGCAGCCGCUACCCUGGUACUCAAGGCGAAGAAUGUGGCUCAGCGCGCGGAGGACCCGGCGCAGCAGAACCGCGUGAUCGCCGCCGCCACCCAGUGUGCCCUCUCCACCUCGCAGCUCGUCGCCUGCACCAAGGUGGUGGGUCCCACCAUCCGCUCGCCGGCGUGCCAGGAGCAGCUGAUGGAGGCGGGGAAGCUGGUUGCACGCGCCGUCGAGGGCUGCGUGCAGGCGUCGCAGGACGCCACCGAAGAGGAGGAGCUGCUGCGCCAGGUGGGCGAGGCCGCCACUGCCGUCACGCAGGCCCUCAACGACUUGCUGCGCCACGUGCGCCAGUACGCCGCCAGCCUCACGGGCCGUGCGGGCCCGGGCGGACGCGAGGAGGAUGAGGAGGACGAAGAGGAGGAAGAAGAAGAAGACGAGGAAGAGGAGGAAGAAGAGGAGCUGCAGACGGAACCGUACGUCCAGGCCACUGACACCAUCCUCACGGCCACGGAGAACAUCUUCGGCUCCAUGGGCGACGCUGGCGAGAUGGUGCGACAGGCCCGCCUGCUGGCCCAGGCCACGUCGGACCUCGUCAAUGCCAUCAAGGCGGACGCUGAGGCCGAGCAGGACCAGGAGAACGUUCGUAACCUCCUGGCGGCGGCACGGGUGCUGGCGGACGCCACAGCGCGCAUGGUCGAGGCUGCCAAGGGAGCGGCAGCCAACCCGGAGAACGAGGAGCAGCAGCAGAAGCUGCGGGAGGCAGCCGAGGGCCUGCGCGUCGCCACCAACAUCGCGGCACAAAACGCCAUCAAGAAAAAACUCACCAACCGCCUCGAGCAAGCAGCGAAGCAGGCAGCCGCUGCCUCCACCCAGACCAUCGCGGCGGCGCAGCACGCCGCCUCCUCCAACAAGAGCCCCAACUCACAGCAGCAGCUGGUGCAGAGCUGCAAGGUGGUGGCGGACCACAUCCCCCAGCUCGUGCAGAGCGUGCGAGAAAGCCAGUCGACCCCGGACAGCCAGCAGGCCCAGCAGAGCCUCAUCACGUCCAGCCUCGGCUUCCUGCAGCCCGGCAACCAUCUGGUGGCAUCGGCCCGUGCCGCCGUUCCGUCGGUGGAGAACCAGGCGUCGUCAAACCAGCUGGGCACUUGCGCCAAGAACCUGGCAGCCUGCCUGUCCGAGCUCCGCGCCGCCGCGCACAAGGCCCAGCAGGCGUGCAGCCCCACGGAGGGGCAAGACUCGGCGCUGGCGCUCGUGCGAGCGCUGGAGAAUGAGCUGGAGGAGGCCAAGACCGAGGUGGCGCAGGGGCGCCUCAAACCGCUGCCUGGCGAGACGCUGGAGUCCUGCUCUCUCGAGUUGGGUUCUGCCUCCAAGACCGUGGGCUCAGCCAUCGCACAGCUCCUCACUGCCGCCUCGCAAGGAGACGAGAGCUUCACCGACCACGCAGCACAUGAGGCGGCGGAGGCCCUGCGCGGGUUGGCCGCGGCGGCCCGUGGGGUGGCGGCUAACACGGCCGACCCCCUGGCCCAAGAGGCCGCGCUGGAGACGGCGCGCGACGUCAUGGACAAGUCGGCCAACCUCCUGCAGGAGGCCCGCAAGGCGGCCGCCAACCCCAGCGAUCCCGACAACCAGCAGCGCCUCGCGCAGGUAGCCAAGGCAGUGUCCCUGGCUCUCAACAACUGCGUGAACUCGCUGCCGGGGCAGAAGGACGUCGACUCCGCGCUGCGAAACAUCAACGACGCCAGCAAGCGCCUACAGGCCGACUCGUUCCCACAGAGUGGCCGCUCGUACCACGAGGCGCAGAGCGGACUCACGCAGGCGGCCGCCGGCCUCAACCAGGCCACUGGCCGCGUGGUGCACGCCUCCCACGGCUCCAGCCGCGAGCUCGCCACGGCCUCAGGUCGCUUCGGCCGAGACUUCUCCGAUUUCCUCGACGCCGGCAUCGAGAUGGCCGGCCUCACACAGACCAAGGAGGACCAGGUACAGGUGAUUGGGAACCUCAAGAACAUUUCGGUGUCCUCCUCCAAGCUUCUGAUGGCAGCCAAGUCGAUGGUGAUUGACCCUGCAGCCCCGAACGUGAAGAACCAGCUUGCGUCUGCCGCCAGGGCGGUGACGGACAGCAUCAACCUGCUCAUCAGCAUGUGCACACAGCAAGCGCCCGGCCAGAGGGAGUGCGACAACGCCCUGCGUCAACUCGAGGCUGUGCGUGGGAUGCUGGACAAUCCGACUGAGCCGGUCAAUGACCUUUCCUACUUUGACUGCAUCGAAAGCGUCAUGGACAACUCCAAGGUGCUGGGUGAGGCGAUGGCUGGCAUCUCUCAGCACGCAAAGACUACCGAUCUGCCUGCAUUUGGCGAGUCCAUCGGUUCCGCGUCAAAGGCCCUCUGUGGCCUCACGGAGGCUGCUGCCCAGUCGGCGUACCUCGUGGGCGUUUCGGACCCAGGCAGCCGGCCCGGCCAGCAAGGUGUGGUGGACCCGGCUCAGUUUUCACGCGCUUACCAAGCCAUCCAAGUGGCCUGCCAGAGCCUUCUGGACCCCGCCAGCAACCAGUCCCAGGUGCUGUCAGCAGCGACGAUCGUGGCCAAGCACACGUCGGCGCUGUGCAACGCGUGCCGCGUGGCCUCAGCGCGCACCCCCAACCCGGCCGCCAAGCGCCACUUUGUGCAGUCUGCAAAGGAGGUGGCCAACAGCACCGCCAACCUGGUGAAGACCAUCAAGGCACUGGAUGGGGACUUCUCGGAGGAGAAUCGGGAGCAGUGCCGAACGGCCACGAGCCCCCUCCUGGAGGCGGUCGAGAGCCUCGCCGCCUUCGCCUCCAACCCGGAGUUCGCCAGCGUCCCUGCCCACAUCAGCCCCCAGGGCCGCGAGGCGCGGGAGCCCAUCCUGGCUUCCGGGUGCUCCAUGCUGGAUGGGUCCAGCGCUCUCGUGCGGACCGCCCGCUCGCUUGCGCUCAACCCCAAAGACCCGCCGUCCUGGGCCAUCCUCGCUGGGCACUCGCGCCUCGUGUCCGACUCCAUCAAGAAGCUCAUCACCUCCAUCAGAGACCGUGCGCCUGGGCAGAGGGAGUGCGACGAGGCCAUCGACACGGUCAACGGCUGCAUCCGAGACAUCGACCAGGCAUCCAUGUCGGCCAUCAGCAACAACCUGUCGCCCCGAGAGGACGUCUCUGCUGAGGCCCUUCAGGAGCAGCUGAUGGCAGCCGUGCAGGACGUGGGCUCGCUGGUGGAGCCUGUGGCAAUGGCAGCUCAUGCCGAGGUCUCUCACCUGGGCGGCAAGGUGUCCCAGCUGGCAGGCCACUUUGAGCCGCUGACCCAGGCGGCUAUCGGGCUGGCCUCCCGGACGGGCACGCAGCCGCGGCAGAUGGCCAUCCUGGACCAGACCAAGACGCUGGCCGAGUCGGCGCUGCAGAUGCUGUACGCGGCAAAGGAGGGCGGAGGCAAUCCCAAGGAUUACUCGCUGCACAUUCACGGAUGGGACAACGGCCAUGCCUGUCCCCAGAUGGCGUCACAGGCCCACGCUGCCAUCGAGGAGGCCAGCCAGCUGAUGAGGGACGCGGUGGACGAUAUCCGUGCCACCCUCAACGAGGCGGGGUGUGACGGAGACGAGGUUAGCGGGAUGGUGGAGACGCUCACACGGUCCCUCAACCAGGAAGCGACUAAUGUCACCAAACGACAUGGCCAUUGCACGUUUCGUGAACAGUGCACUGUCACUAUAAAUAUGAAGCUGGAGGAGGGCUCCCCCGUGCAAGUGGAGGGCAGCUUUGUGGACUAUCAGACUGUCAUGGUGAAAACAGUGAAAGCCAUCGCGGUGACCGCACAAGAGAUGGUCACCAAGUCUGUGAGCAGCCCCGAGGAGCUGGGUCCACUGGCCAAUCAGCUGACUGUGGACUACGGCCAGCUGGCCCUGCAGAGCCGACCAGCUGCCGUUGCUGCCGAAAACGAGGAGGUCGGCACCCAAAUCCGCGGGCGUGUGCAUGAGCUGGGCCGCAGCUGCGUGCUGCUGGUGCAGCGGGCGGGCGCCCUGCAAGGCGACCCGGACGACGGCUUCGCCAAGCGGGAGCUGGUGGAGAGCGCUCGCCGCGUCACCGAGAAGGUGUCGCUGGUGCUGGCGGCGCUGCAGGCGGGAAACCGCGGCACCCAGGCGUGCAUCACGGCCGGCAGCGCCGUGUCGGGCAUCAUCGCAGACCUCGACACCACCAUCAUGUUCGCGUCGGCCGGCACGCUCAACGCCGAGGGGGAGGAGUCGUUUGCCGACCACCGGGAGAACAUCCUGAAGACAGCCAAGGCCCUGGUGGAGGACACCAAGAUGCUGGUGGCGGGGGCGGGCGCCAGCCAGGAGAAGCUGGCCCAGGCCGCGCAGUCCUCGGUUGCCACCAUCACCGACCUGGCUGAGGCCGUAAAGCUCGGAGCCGCGAGCCUCGGCUCCCACGACCCCGAGACGCAGGUGGUGCUGAUCAACGCGGUGAAGGACGUGGCCAAGGCUCUGGCGGAGCUUAUCAGCGCCACCAAAUCUGCGGCCGGAAAACCUUCGGAUGACGCUUCCAUGCACCAGCUCAAGGGAGCUGCCAAGGUGAUGGUGACGAACGUGACGUCGCUGCUCAAGACCGUGAAGGCCGUGGAGGACGAGGCGACCAGGGGAACGCGCGCCUUGGAGGCCACCAUCGAGUGCAUCAAGCAGGAGCUCACGGUGUUUGAGUCGAACGACAGACCGGUGGCCGCCUCCACGCCGGAGGAAUUCAUCCGCAUGACCAAGGGCAUCACGCUCGCCACGGCCAAAGCCGUCGCCGCCGGGAACUCGUGCCGCCAGGAGGACAUCAUCGCCACGGCCAACCUGAGCCGCAAGGCCAUCUCCGACAUGCUGUCCUCGUGCAAGAGGGCGGCGUACCACCCGGACGUGAGCGAGGACGUCCGCUCCAGGGCCCUGCGCUUCGGCCGCGAGUGCACCGUGGGCUAUCUGGAGCUGCUGGAACACGUGCUGGUGAUCCUGCAGCGACCCACGGCUGAGCUGAAGCUCCAGUUGGCUGCCUUCUCCAAACGCGUCGCCAACUCCGUCACCGAGCUCAUCCAAGCAGCCGAGGCCAUGAAAGGCACAGAGUGGGUGGACCCCGAGGACCCCACGGUUAUCGCGGAGGCCGAGCUGCUGGGAGCCGCUGCCGCCAUCGAGGCCGCGGCAAAGAAGCUGGAGCAGCUGAAGCCGCGUGCCAAGCCCAAGGAGGCGGACGAGUCACUCAACUUUGAGGAGCAGAUUCUGGAGGCGGCGAAGGCGAUCGCGGCGGCCACGAGCGCCCUCGUCAAGUCAGCCUCGGCCGCACAGCGGGAGCUCGUCGCUCAGGGCAAGGUCGGAGCCAUUCCCGCUAAUGCAGCAGAUGACGGGCAGUGGUCCCAGGGUCUCAUCUCAGCGGCACGCAUGGUGGCGGCCGCCACGAGCAGCCUGUGCGAGGCGGCCAACGCGGCCGUGCAGGGCCACGCGAGCGAAGAGAAGCUCAUCUCGUCCGCCAAGCAGGUGGCCGCCUCCACGGCGCAACUGCUCGUCGCCUGCAAGGUCAAGGCGGACGCCGACUCCGAGGCCAUGCGGCGGCUGCAAGCCGCCGGUAAUGCGGUCAAGCGAGCAUCCGACAACCUCGUGAGGGCUGCCCAGAAGGCAGCGUUCGAGCAGCAGGAGGAAACCAACGUCAUCGUCAAGUCGCACUUUGUGGGUGGCAUCGCGCAGGUUUUCAGAAAUGAGCUUUGCUCGUGGCGGAGUGGCAGCCUCGAGAACUAUAGUUACUCUUACAGUUACAAUUAUAAUAGCGGCGCAGGAGGAGAUGCUGAGAAAGGAGCGCGAAUUGGAGGAGGCCCGCAAGAAGCUGGCUCAAAUACGGCAGCAGCAGUACAAGUUCCUCCCCUCGGAGCUCCGGGACGACCAGGAAUGACCCAGAUGCACCCUAGCAUGGCCGACGCCGAUGCCACCUUGUGGCCGAACAGUCCCACUCUCUCCUCCACCAGUGCCAGCUCCUUGCUCUCCUCUGUGCCAAAAUCCCUUUUCGGUGACGCUGAAUGCCCGUCCUCCUUGUACGUUGCCACUCGUUUGUUUGUCAGUACGCAAGACAUGAAAGAUUUAGAAGCUCAGCUUGCCAGUCCGGUUGCUGGAACUUCAAAUCCUCUCCGUGCUGAGUUUGACCUCUUCUCCUCUCCCUCGGCCAAUUCUUGCCCUGACAUAAAUGUUCCCAUUGCCAAGUCCUCAGUGCCAGAUGCUGAAGAGUGCCACUCUGGUUCCACGUCUUUGAAAACUGAUGGUACCUCUUCAUAAACCGGUGUCUCCCCACCUCCUGUUUAGGUGGAAAGUCACCCAGUAAAGAUGCCAGCCACUAAAACCUGCAGUGCUUGUGGCUUUUAGCCAGUCUGUUGGCAAAAAUGAUGGAAAUGCUUAUUAUAGCUGAACUCUUUUGGCUGGUUUUAGUUUUGUAUUGUUGGGAAAAGUGUUUUAGUCAAAUAAAAACAGCACAAAUGCAGCUAGA